CCUUAAUUGGGACUAGAAAUAUUUCAAGUACGUUGUUGACUAGAAAUAAAAUUCCAGGUACCAACUUCACCAAACUAGAAAAGUUCACGGUCAAACACAGUUAUUAAAUCGCGGUAAAAUUCCCCCUCCGUUUCGUGUUGCGAACUCCAAACCAAAUUUCCUUUCUCCGUCUGCUUCUUCUACAGCUGCCUGCCAGCCGCUCCCCCAAACCGCGCCGGCGACGAAUCCUCCCUAUAAUUCUCGUCUCCCUCCUCCUUCCAUGGACUCCGCCUCCUCCAUCGAAGACUUCCGCCUUCCCUAGCUUUCCCCAUCUUCCUCUUGAUUGCUUGAACCUGAAGCUUUCUCUCUCCCCCAAUCCACAACCAUGACCUCAACUCUUCCGUCUUCUCCGCCGUUCCUUUCCUCCUCCUCCGCAGCAGCUCUCGUCGCACCCUCUUCUCCUUCCCGGAUCUCCCUGCCUCAUCCCGCCGACGGCGGCGAUGACGGCGCCGCCACGCAGCUUCUCUCCGUCUCCUGGAACCAGGACUACGGCUGCUUCGCCGCCGCAACCAGCUCCGGCUUCCGGAUUUACAACUGCGAGCCUUUCAAGGAGACGUUCCGCCGGGACAUCAGGGGCGGCGGGUUCAGGAUCGUCGAGAUGCUGUUCCGCAGCAACAUCCUGGCCCUCGUUGGCAGCGAGGCCAACUCCCAGUACCCGCCCAACAGGGUCCUCAUUUGGGACGAUCACCAGAGCCGCUGCAUCGGCGAGUUCUCCUUCAGGUCGCAGGUCCGCGCCGUGAGGAUGAGCCGGGACCGGAUUGUGGUGGUGCUCGAGCACAAGGUGUAUGUCUACAAUUUCACGGAUCUGAAGCUGCUUCAUCAGAUCGAGACGUUGGCGAACCCUAGAGGGCUCUGCUGCCUCUCCCAUCACCCCAACACUUCCGUGCUGGCUUUGCCUGGGCUGUACCGCGGCCAGGUUCGAAUUGAGCAUUUUGGAUUGAAUCUGGUGAAGUUGGUGAAUGCUCAUGAUAAUCAUAUUGCUUGCCUCACAAUUACCAUGGAUGGCCUGCUUCUUGCUACUGCUAGCACCAAGGGCACCUUGAUCAGAAUUUUCAACACCAUGGAUGGCACUCGGCUGCAAGAGGUGCGAAGAGGAGUGGACCGAGCUGAAAUUUAUGGCAUUACACUGUCUCAGGAUGUGCAGUGGUUGGCUGUGUCAAGUGGCAAAGGCACUGUUCAUAUUUUCAGUCUCAGGGUUAGAGUGGGUGGUGAAGACUCCUCCACUAACUCAAAUCCUCCUCAAAGCCCAGCAUUAUUGCAUCAGAAUUCAUCAACAGCUGUUACUGCUCUGGUUUCUCCCAGCACCAGUUCCAACCCGAGUUCAUCAUUGUCUUUUAUGAGAGGGGUGUUGCCCAAAUAUUUCAGCUCUGAGUGGUCAUUUGCCCAGUUCCGUUUACCAGAGGAGACACAUUUCAUUGCUGCAUUUGGAUCUCAGAAUACAGUCAUUGUUGCUGGCAUGGAUGCAAGCUUCCACAGAUGUCAAUUCGAUCCAGUUCAUGGAGGAGAGAUGUUGCAGCAGGAAUACGUCCGCUUCCUGAAAACUGAGAGCCGCCCUAAAUAGCGCGAGCAGUCUGUUUCCCAUUUCUGUAAAUACGAGUUUCCAAAUGUGCAGCACUGUAUAUAACCUUCCGAUUCGAUCGCAUUCUUUGACUAUGUUCGGUUCUAGUAAAACUGCCAGUCUAGUGAAAUUGGUCAGAAUACAGAAUCAGUGGCUGGAAAGUCAUCAAAUUGUCAUGCUUGUUGACUAAGUAAGACUCCUUUCAGUACACAAGCAAAGAAAAGAGAGAAAAAAACAUUCUGUUGGCAACUCUUUGAUCUAUGCAACUUCUGUUCUGUGUACAAAAUUGCAGACUUCACAGUUUCUGC